AUGCCAAACUGGGGUGGAGGAGCAAAAUGUGGUGCCUGCGAAAAGACUGUCUACCACGCAGAAGAAAUCCAGUGCAAUGGGAGGAGUUUCCAUAAGACCUGCUUCCACUGCAUGGCCUGCAGGAAGGCUCUCGACAGCACCACAGUGGCUGCGCACGAGUCUGAGAUCUACUGUAAGAUCUGCUACGGGCGCAGAUACGGACCGAAGGGGAUUGGGUACGGACAGGGCGCCGGCUGCCUCAGCACCGACACGGGCGAACACCUCGGCCUCCAUUUCCAAGAGUCCCCAAAGCCGGCACGCUCAGCCACCAGCAGCAACCCUUCCAAGUUCACCGCCAAGUUUGGAGAGUCAGAGAAGUGCCCUCGAUGCGGGAAGUCAGUCUAUGCUGCUGAGAAGGUUAUGGGGGGUGGUAAGCCUUGGCACAAGACCUGUUUCCGUUGUGCCAUCUGUGGAAAGAGUCUGGAGUCCACCAAUGUCACUGACAAAGAUGGGGAACUUUAUUGCAAAGUUUGCUAUGCUAAAAAUUUUGGCCCUACAGGUAUUGGGUUUGGAGGCCUUACACAUCAAGUGGAAAAGAAAGACUAA